GGCGCGGCAAUCGAACAGGCUCUUUUGCCUAAGAUGUGCUAAUAAAGAAGUUAAAGAGACACUAAAGUACACAACUUCUGAGCACGUAAACUUUGCUUAUUACAUUCAUUCAACCAGCAAUUAUUGUUUCCAUAGCAUUGCUUCUCCAACGAUGAACUAUCGACGUGAAACGAUACGCGAGGCUUGUGAUAAUUGUCACGUGAAGAAGUUGAGAUGUGAAAGGGUUUCAGGAUUGAUCGUUUGUCGUAAAUGCCUACAAGGGGAGAUCAGUUGUAAUUUCAGCCCACGUAGUUCUGCUGGACACCGAAGAAGGCGUAAGAAUGUGUCAAGACAAGAUGAAUCUCAGAUGGUACCAGGAAAGGAUAGCCGGCUGACAUCCACACUAUCACCUGAAGACACCGCUUUGGAAAUUGGCUCCCCAGGAGAUCAACAAAGAGUAGCAGCCCAAAGAUUCGAUGGCGGUUUAGAAACUCGAAGCAAUGAAUGGAAUUUUGGAUCCUCUGAUUGCGGUGUCUAUAGCGUGGAAUCUUUUGAAACAGACUCGUGGAAUGAAAUACGUUUGAAUGCAAAAGAGACUUCCGAGGACAGUUCUAUCAUUCCUGCCACUGGUUUCCAGAGCUCAGCUGUACGUAGUAGCGACAGCUGGCUGAUGCCCACUCAGAAAGACGUCAAAGAGAGGGGCUUCGAUAUCAGUUUGAAAGACAUGGGAGAGAAUUCAUACAUCCCCCCACUUGACCCGAUUCUUAUUCCCUCAGAUCAAAACUUAGUUCCGAGCUAUUCUCUCUCAGAAUUGUUGCAAGAAAUUUCAAGGCUGAACAUAGCCAUCGAAAAACAACGACGCCAACUCGCCGAAAUGAGCACUGACCAAGUUACUCGGCAAAAUAGGAGCAUCAGCAAUACCACGAUCGACAGGAAUUCGGGUCGUUCAUUUCUUAAAGCUCAAGAACUAUUAAUAUUUCCAAUCGAUGAGGUACUCAAGAUAUCUUACCGUCUGAUUCGUAUAAUUCAAGACAUUACAUCCUUGAUAUCGAUACAGGAAAAAGACGGUUUAAUUUCAACCGAACCUUCGGCUACUCUAGACGAUGCAGCGGUCCUACUGAUCUUAGCUUGCUACCUCAACUUGCUAAGGGUGUUCGACAAGUUCUUUUCUGAUACUUCAACUAGCUCUGGAAUUUCCAGCCCUAAAUUUACCCUUCCCUCGACAAAGGUUGGAGAGUUCGUAGUGCCAAGGACUCUGGCAAGCCGAAGCGAACGCUUACUGAUUUACGAGACAGCACAGGCCACUUAUUCUUUACUGAGUAGUACAAUAGAAGUUGUUCGUAACACUUUGAAGGCCCAGAAAAGUGGUGAGGGAAUGCGUUUAGGAAACACUAUGCUCGAGCUCUUGAGGUUUGAGGAGAAGGCGUUGAUAGAACAUAUGACGGAGACAAUUCAAGACUCCUUGUUGGAUGCAAGGGGAGUGAAAAACUAAGACUGAGGUUUUGGAGGUCCUCGACUCCCGAUCGGAAGCAAUUUUUGCUUUCCUCUAGGGCUUUUUCUUAAUACUAAAUUUACGGAACUCAUGUUAUUUUACUCGACUCAAUCCAAGUCA